AUGGAAUUCUAUCCUUGUGAUGCAGCAUAUGCUGCCGACGCAGCCGCAUGUGCGGCGCUCUUCGCACACAAUGUAGUGCUACUGCCCGCCAUUUCCAACGCAAAUUUAGGCCAACUGACGCUUGACCUAGUUAUCAGUACACUACUUCAGGAUGGGAAAACAUUUAUGUUGGCGAUGAGCCCAAAUCAGGGCGUAGAGCUAAGAAAAGUCGGCCAUCUGCUCAGUGAAGCUGCUCCUCCAAUCGCUGGGAGUGCAGCUUUCGCUAAGCAAUCGCCACAUGAUCUUUGUCUUAACUUAGAAGUUUACCAAAGCAAUGAGAUAAAGCUCACAAUCAUUCAACAGCGAGCUCCUGUGUUUCCAGGACGGGUGCAUGCAUUUGUUAAGGAAUUUGUAGAGUGGGCAAUUAAGAGCAAGGUAUCAGUACUUUGUGCAGUGGGAGGAUACGAUGAUAUGCUGCGUCACGACCAUAACAUGAUGAGUCGCCCAGUUCGCACCAUUUGUUCCUUUGAUCCCCGCAAGAAUUCGUGUCUUGCACGCUUCAAAAACCUGACAAUUGGUUCUGACGUUGGAGAAACGAAUGGGGCUUCAUCUUUAUCAAACAAUCAAUGGGCUUCAGUCCGUGGUGCUGGCCUCGCCCCACUGCUAUACGCUCAAUGUGGCGAGCAGAAUUUGCCUUUCGUCGCUUGGUUGAUGUCGUGUGCCGAGGGAAAUAAUGUCCCAGACGCAAUUGCUAUGACAACGCAACUUUUUCAUAUUCUGCAAAUCGAGAUGAAGACCGCGACUUCAAUGCCCGACACGAUGCCACCGACGCUUCCUUUAGCCAUUCCACCUUCAUGGAAUCAGCUUUUUGGACGGGACCCAGAUGUAUCGCUCUACCUUUGA